GCCACGUCCCGCUCGGGCGCCGGCUCCCGCCCGGCGGCGUCUGUGGGCGCGGGCCAUGGCGUUCACGCUGUACUCACUGCUGCAGGCCUCGCUCCUCAUCCUCAACGCCAUCGCCGUGCUGCACGAAGAGCGCUUCCUCCGACACGUUGGCUGGGGAAGCGAUCAAAGGAUUGGAGGGUUUGGCGAGGAACCAGGAAUUAAAGCUCAGCUAAUAAACCUCAUUCGAUCCAUACGAACCGUUAUGAGAGUGCCAUUAAUAGUGGUGAACUCCAUUACAAUCGUUUUCCUCCUGUUGUUUGGCUGAAGAUUACCCAUCCUGGAAAUCUUUUGGACAUCCAAAGAAGCAAGUCGCUGACUGUCAUCUCUCUCUGGGACCCAGCACGAUUUAAGCUGUCGAUCUGAUGCUCAACUUCAAAUAAUAAAAGACAUUUCCUCCUAGUUACCCUCCUCCCUAACGCUCCCUCAUGGUUUCAUCAAAUGAGAUAAGGGGAUCCAUGCAGCAGUGCUGCGAGUACAUUGGACCAGGACAAGGUCUGUCACCACUGACUAUUUAAGAGGACAUACUGUGAUGUAUCACAGUCAUUGUUGGUGGGAUGUGGCUUUUAAAUGUCUAGUUACUCAGGGAUGAAAUUUCCAUCAGUACACUUCCCAACAUAUAUUUUAAGUUAAGAAAAAUGACAGUGUUUCAGUAUAUUUCAGUUACCACCACCCUACUGUUGAAGAGAACAACAAUUAUUGGAAUGAUAAAUUGUUAAAGUACAGUUGUGACCUUGAGGGAGAUGAAACCAGCUGGGUAAAAUCCUGAUUCGGCUCACCUAGAACAUUCCUGGUUGGAUUGAGACUGGGAUUUUUCUCUUGAUCUUUUAUCAGCUUUUAAAAUCAAUACCAUUUCACGCUCAAGUUGAAAAUAGUUUGCAACUGUUAUACAAAAUCCAUCCCCACCCCACCCCCCCCCCAAAAAAAAAAAAAAGCUGUACCUGAAGCUGGGCAACUCUUGUUAAUUUCAGACUAUCAUGUUGUGUUUGUGAUGAGCAUUUGUAACCAUUCUGUCUGGGCUUGUUAAUACUUUUUUAAUAAUACUGCUUUUCUCUUUUGUGUGUUAAACUUCCACAUGGGGAUUAAGUGUUAUUGGAAGUUGAGAGCCAUUUGUAUUCCAGGCUUCUUGGGAAAACACAGGAUUUCUUUGAUUAAAAAAAACCAAAAACAAAUGUGCAGCUUCUCUUACUGCUGCUUCUUCCCCCACCCUCCAUCUUUCUUUGUUAAAUGAACAACUUCGAAAUGGAAACCAUGGGUGUGACCAUGCAGUUUGGUCACAGAGAAUCUUGCCAACUGCUUUGGUACAGAUGUCGUCCUCGUUAUAGAAUUGUAGAAUUGUUUCAGCUGGAAGAGGCUUUUAAGAAUUUUGUCCCAGCCCUGUCAGUCACUAGACCAUUUCCCUAACUGCAGCAUCAACCUCCAGCCCCUUGCAGUGCCUGACAACCCUUGCAGCAAAGAAAUUCCUCCUCAAAUCCUGCCCGAACCUCCCCUCAGGCAACUUGAGGCCAUUUCCUUUUGUUGUAUUGCUUGUUCCUACGGAGAACAGACUGACCCCUGCCUCGCUACAACUUCCCUUCACUGCUGGGCUAGGUCUGAUGUUACAUAGCAAGGCUGGAUGAAUAGCAGCAGAUUCUCACCUACCUUUAUAGAAAAGUUAGAAGUUUUACAUCUCUUCCUCUGCUGAAAUGUUUUGGGUUAUUUUUAAAGUGGGGAAGAUUAAUGGGAACCUGGUAGUUUCAUUACUUUAAAACAGGUUUUGUUUCUCAUCUUACAACAUCUUAAUGACUAAAGUGUGUGCUGUUGUGUCAAACAAUGAAAAAAAAUUGUAAAUAAAGUCUGGAUUUCUAAGUUAA